GCCUCCCCGCGGGAGCGGGCGGGGCUCCUCUCCUUUGCGCCAUGAUGAACAAAUGACCUCGCGGGGAAUGAAAUUUAAGUUCCACCGGGGAGAGAGAGUUCUCUGCUUCGAGCCCGACCCCACCAAAGCCAAAGUGCUCUAUGAUGCCAAGAUUGUUGAUAUUGUUGUUGGAAAAGAUGAGAAAGGCAGAAAGAUUCCAGAAUAUCUGAUCCAUUUUAACGGUUGGAACAGAAGCUGGGAUAGAUGGGCAGCUGAAGAUCAUGUUCUUCGGGAUACAGACGAAAACCGCAGAUUACAGCGUAAAUUGGCACGGAAGGCUGUGGCUCGCAUGAGAAGAAAGGGAAGAAAGAAGAGACGCUGCAGGUUGCCUGGUGUUGACUCUGUGUUAAAAAGCCUUCCUGCUGAAGAAAAUGAUGAGAGUAGUGAAAACUCUAUAAGUAGUUCUUCUUCUGACGACAGUGAUGAAGGAACAGAUGAAGAAAUAAAGAGUGAAGAAAGUGACAUAGAUGAGAGGACAGAAAUGAAAGAAGAACAAGACACUCAUACAAAAAGGGACAUGGAAGAAAGAGCAAUAAGCAUAGAAAUUCCUGAAGUCUUGAAAAAGAAGCUUGAGGAAGACUGCUACUAUAUUAAUAGAAGAAAAAGGCUAGUGAAGCUUCCUUGCCAGACAAAUAUAAUAACCAUCUUGGAGUCAUAUGUAAAACACUUUGCAAUUAAUGCUGCUUUUUCAGCCAAUGAAAGGUCUCGGCACCAUCAGAUGACUCCACAUGCUAAUAUGAAUCUUCAUUAUGUGCCACCAGAGAAGAAUGUCGAGCUAUGUAAAGAGAUGGUGGAUGGGCUGAGAAUAACCUUUGACUUCACACUUCCCUUAAUUUUGCUCUAUCCUUAUGAACAAGCUCAAUUUAAGAAGGUGACUUCAUCAAAAUUCUUUCUUCCCAUCAAAGAAAACUCAACAAAUACCAACAGAAAUCAGGAGGAACUUUCCCCAAGCCCUCCUCUGCUGAAUCCACCCACGCCUCAGUCGACUGACAGCCAGCCCACCACAGGGGAGCCAGCCACGCCGAAGAGGAGGAAAGCUGAGCCCGAGAUCCUGCAGUCUCUGAGGCGUUCGACGCGCCACAGCUCCAACUGUGACAGGCUGUCGGAGAGCAGCGCGUCCCCGCAGCCCAAACGGCGGCACCUCGACACCCCCGCCUCCAUGCCAAAGCUCUUCCUGCACCUGGAAAAAAAAACUCCUGUCCAUAGCGGGUCAUCUUCACCUAUAACUUUGACUCCUAGCAAAGAAGGGAGCACGGUGUUUACUGGCUUUGAAGGUAGAAGAAACAACGAAUUGAAUGAGGUUUUGUCCUGGAAAUUGAUGCCAGAGAAUUAUCCACCAAGUGAUCAACCACCACCUCCUUCAUAUAUCUAUGGAUCUCAACAUUUGCUGAGGAUGUUUGUAAAACUACCAGAAAUACUGGGGAAGAUGUGCUUUCCUGACAAAAACCUGAAGGCUUUAGUAAAACACUUUGAGAUGUUUCUGAGGUUUUUAGCAGAAUACCAUGAUGAUUUCUUCCCCGAAUCUGCCUAUGUAGCUGCAUGUGAAGCCUACUACAGUACUAAAAAUCCUCGGGCCAUCUACUGAAGCUAUUAAUAAGGAUUAAAUCCUGCUAUACAUAGCCCAUGACAAUGCUAUUCUGCUACAUGGCUACAAGAUGAGAAAGGAAUUAAAACAACUUCUGGAGUUGAAGACAUUGGAAAAUAUCUUUAUGAUGGUUGGAUUACUUAGGAAUGGAGAACUGCUUUUCACAGAUGUGUAUAAACAGUGGUGUGAGUCACUUAGAAGGCUGGAUAUAAAUCUGACUCCAGAUGAAUGAAGAAGCCUUGUUCUGACUUUACUGCGCAGGACUACACAGAGUAAUAAAAAGCAAAGGAGGCAAAAGCAGAUGCAUUGGCAACAGGACAUUCUCAUGAAGAUAAAUUACCAUGUUGUGUUUCAUUGUAGCUCAGCCUCUCCUGCCUGAGAAAUAAGACUUGACUAAACAGUUACAUGAAGAGAAUUUGUGACUGGUAUCUUAUGGAUUGUUUUCCUCAAAAAUUACAUUUCAUCUGUGGAACUGUCAUGAUAGAAAGAAUUGCUUAAUGUAAAGGUGGCUUUGCUGUUUGGCUAGUGUGACAUCUGCCUCAAAAAUGACUUUGUUGCUUGAAUGACAGAUGUGUUGCUGACUUUGCAUUUUGCAGAGGUGUAUAUAGACCUUUCAUGGUAAAGCUGACAGGGUUCUGAGCAGACCAGACACAGCCAGGGAUUUGGCAUUUACCUGGCAAUAAAUGAUUUCCAGAGCCGUUAUGAAAGAACUCAUUUUCUACAAGUAAAUGGGAAAGUCAGUGAAGUCAUUGCUCUUUAAUUGGCAAACAUUUAUUUUCUUAAUAAAGUUCACAGUGGCUGCUGUGUGGAUGUGUGAUUUUGACUGUCUAAAACAUCUUGUUCGUGCUCAAUUAGUAUUUUUGAGGGUGCUAAGUGUGCGUAUAAUGAGAGGUGGGAGCACUGACAACAUAUGGAGAGGAGCCCUUUCUGUAUCAUUGGAUGUUCUUCUGCAGACUUGAAGGAUGUCUCUUUAGACUUUUUUAGACACUUUGGCUCUGGAAAUAGCAGUUCAGUGAGAACUGAGUUCCUACAAAUGUGACAACACAUUCAGUAUAAAGUAAUUGAAACAUAAUUCUUGUUGUGGAAACCACAUGCAGGACUUAAAACACUGGCCUUCAGAAUCCUUGGCUCUAUCAAGAUAGACACAGAUUUUAAAAGCACUGAGAGAAAACAGGACUGGGUUACAGACUGCAUUAACGACUCUAAUCCUUCUUGGUUCAGAAAACUUCCACCUAUAAUGCAGAGCUCAAGUUUCCUCACAUUUGUAGAAACUAGUAAUUUGAAGGCAUCCUCUUUCACACAUAAAUGGCAGGCUCAGGCUAAAAGGCAAAAAAAAAGAGUAAAAUCUGCUGUUGAUAUUCAUUGUUACUUUUCAGAGUUCUGUGGUGUGCUCAAGCUUACGAAUUCAAAAGAUUAGGAUUACUCUGGUUUUAGUAAUUUUAUGAAGAGUCUGCUGAACUCAGUUGUUAAACCAGUGGCAUGGAUGCAUGCAGAUUUGAUGAUUGUUAAUUCUAAAAAUUGCCAUUUAGCAGCACUACUCUUUUUUAAACACGUUUCUCUUGUACCAAGAAAACCCCGUAUUUGUAAGCUUUCAUCAUUCUUGAAUGACAGAAGUUUUGGAUCUCUAGCAGAAUCCAUGUACAUCAAAACUUUGCCAACAUGUUUCAUUCUAGGUUUAAAUGCUGUUUCUCUUAAAGAGAGUUCAACAAAAUACAGACAAACUGUCUAACACGAGAUGAGUCUAGGAAUGCUGCCUGAAACUUCAAAAUUAAUCCUUUCUAUUUUAAGAAUGCUCAUGUGCAAUAGGACUGAUCUGGUUUUGUUCCAUUUUUUGCACCUGUGAGUAUAAGACACAUUACAAACUGAGUCCUGUUGUGUGACUGUUUAACUGUUGAAAUGAAAAUUUCUGCAUCAAGGGGUCGGGAGUACUGUUGGUAUUGCCUUGUGGAGAUGCUCAAAAGAUGUGAGGGGGUAAAAAUUCUGAUGGUCCAGUUAUAGUGUAGUCUUUGUGAACAGAAUUUUUCAUAAAAUUCUCUUGAGGCUGCCGUUGGAUGUAAUAUUACAAACUAUCUUACUCUCAUAAAAACCAAAAGCUUUU